CUACAUUUCUCCACACAAACCCGGGAGCCAGAGAGUGAGAAGACUACACUUCCCAUAAGACAUUACGGGGCGAAAGGGAAGUGAGACGCGAUUGGCCAUCCCUCCACCCUUCACCGCCCCCUGCUCUCUGUGUGACAAGGACCGUCGAAGCCGUUGGACCUUCUGAUCCUGGCCGGUGAGGUCAUAUCUCAGAUGGUUCUUUAUUCAAAAGGGGCGGGCUUUGGCUUCUGGUUGGGCGGCGAGCCAGUCGGCAGGAGCCGCUAUUGGGUACGAGCCAGGCGCCCGGGAUUCCUAUAGGCUACCUGGCAGAAGGGAGGUGUGCCGAGGCUGAAGACGUGGCUCGGGGAUUUCCGGAAGGAAGGGCGGCGAUUCCCUUCGGCUCCCGCGGGUCUUUCCUGGGCAGGGAUUCACAUAAGAAGAUCAGAUGUUUAGACUCACAGAAAAGGAUUUGAUAUUAUCCAGAAGAGAGAGACUUUGAAUAUUCUUGAGUGGAUUUGAUCUUCCCAAUUUGAUAGAUGCUGGAUAGUGCUAUGCUUUGGAAGAAAAGCAGGUCACAAAAGAAAGCAACUUUUCUAGUAACCAAGAAUGUAAAGCUGAAUAAAGAAGUGUUUGCAAUGUUUAACAUAUUUUGUUCUCAUGCUUUCUGGAAUUUGAAUGCACAUUGGGUUGUGUGGUCCCAUAGUAUACUAUGGAUGAGAGCUACUUUUCAUUAAUUAGUGCCACCAUUGGCGUUUCAAACGCAUAGGACAGAGAAGGGAUGAUUUCUGGGUGCUUUCACACAGUCACUACUAGAAAUUGGACAAUGAAAGCAAUGGGAUUUGUUGGCUUUUGGAUGUUCAUGUCACUACUUUGCUGCCAGAUGACUGCCCCAGCAGAACACGAGGAUAUAGUAAAACAUGCAAUAAAGCUGCAUCGUGGGAAAGGAGCUGCAAUAACUCAAAGGAAACAGUGGCUUGUGGAAAAUUGCAGAAAGCUGUCUGGACUAUUGCGUCAAAAGAAUGUGGUUCUCAACAAAUUAAAAAGUGCAAUAAGAGCAGUGGAAAAGGACCUGGGGCUAUCAGUCGAAGAAAGGACAUUUCAGGUUCACACGUUUGAAAUUUUCCAAAAAGAGCUCAAUGAAAGUGAAAACUCUGUAUUUCAAGCUAUCCAUGGACUCCAGCGGGCCCUACAAGGGGAUUACAAAGAUGUUGUGAACAUGAAGGAGAGCAGCCGGCAGCGGCUGGAAGCCUUGAGAGAAGCAGCAAUAAAGGAAGAAACGGAAUAUGUUGAACUUCUAGCAGCAGAGAAGCACCAAGCUGAAGCCCUGAAAAACAUGCAGCAUCAAAAUAAGAGUCUAUCUAUCCUUGAUGAGAUUCUUGAAGAUGUACGGAAAGCAGCUGAUCGACUAGAAGAAGAAAUAGGAGAGCAUGCCUUUGAUGACAACAAAUCGGUGAGAGGAGUCAAUUUUGAAGCCGUUUUGAGAGUAGAAGAGGAUGAAGCAGAUACAAAAAGGAAUGUUUCAAAAAGGAAAGUGGAGGAUGAUUUGGGCUUAAGCAUGCUUAUUGAUUCGCAAAACAAUCAGUACAUACUUACUAAGCCUAGAGACUCAACCAUUCCACGUGCUGACCAUCAUUUUAUAAAGGAUAUUGUGACCAUAGGAAUGCUAUCUUUGCCUUGUGGCUGGCUAUGUACAACAAUAGGAUUACCAACUAUGUUUGGAUAUAUUAUUUGUGGAGUGCUUUUGGGACCCUCAGGAUUAAACAGUAUCAAGUCAAUUGUCCAGGUAGAGACAUUGGGAGAAUUUGGCGUAUUCUUCACAUUGUUCUUGGUGGGUUUGGAAUUUUCUCCUGAACGGCUAAGAAAGGUGUGGAAGAUAUCACUGCAAGGCCCCUGUUACAUGACACUUCUGAUGAUUGCCUUUGGCUUACUAUGGGGGCACUUUCUACAAAUUAGAGCCACACAGAGUGUGUUCAUUGCUACUUGUUUAUCAUUGUCAAGCACACCAUUGGUAUCCAGAUUCCUUGCAGGGAGCUCUCGGGGAGAUAAAGAAGCAGGAGACAUAGAUUACAGCAGUGUUCUGCUAGCAAUGUUGGUGAUGCAGGAUGUUCAGCUUGGCUUGUUUAUAGCAGUCAUGCCAACUCUUAUUCAAGCAGGAGUUGGCACACAUGCCAGCAUUAUCAAGGAAAUACUGAGAAUAUUGUUGCUGAUUGGACAAAUUCUGUUUUCUUUGGCUGCUGUUCUGCUCAUAUGUCUUGUUUUAAAGACUUACCUAAUAGGACCUUACUACCGCAAGUUACAUGUGGAAAGCAAAGGAAAUAAAGAAAUUCUAGUUCUAGGGAUAUCUGCUUUUAUGUUUUUCAUGCUAAUGGCAAAACUGACAUUUAUGGCAAACAGGAAGAAGAAAAGGAGCCAGGUGCACAAGAUCACUGAAUUAUUGGAUGUUUCAAUGGAAUUGGGGUGUUUCUUAGCAGGAGCACUCAUUUCUUCUCAGGGCCCUGUGAUUACUGAAGAAAUUAUGUCUUGUAUUGAACCGAUACGUGACUUCCUUGCCAUCAUAUUCUUCGCAUCUAUAGGCCUUCAUGUUUUCCCUACAUUCGUUAUAUAUGAAAUCACAGUCUUGCUGUUCCUUACGUUUUCAGUGGUAAUAAUGAAGUUUUUCCUGGCAGUACUUGUCCUUUCCAUGAUUCUUCCAAAGAGCAGCCAAUAUAUCAAAUGGAUUGUAUCAGCAGGAUUGGCUCAAGUCAGCGAGUUUUCUUUUGUUCUGGGAAGCAGAGCACGCAGAGCGGGUAUAAUUUCUCGAGAGGUGUACCUCCUUAUCCUGAGCGUGACGACUCUAAGCCUGUUACUUGCACCAGCCCUCUGGAGAGCUGCGCUUAUGAAAUGUGUACCAAGAACUGAAAAAAGAUUAAUUUCUUGAAGAUAUUUAGUACAAAUCUGACCAUGAAACAAACAGCUUUAUAUUCAUUUCGUUUCUUUGGCAGCAAAUGAAAAAUACGGUUAUGUUCUUCGGCUUAGCCGUCUUAACGUUUAUUUCAGUUCAUGAAAGUUUUUUUUUCACAAGCAAUGCACAUUCUAAUUUUUAGAGGAUGGAAGGAUAAAAUUUGUGUUAAACUGAUUUUGUAAAACCUGCUUUAUAGAAAAUGUCUAAAAAUUCAGUAAUUGACUAAUGUGCCUUUUAAAUUAUUAUUUUCGGCCAUAGCAGAAGACUUUAUUAACAUAUAUGGUGCCCAUGGUACUGUUUAAAAAAUUAUAUAUUAAGUUGGUACAUCCAAGUUUAACAUCAGCAUAGAAACAUUUUAGUGCUGUGUAAACUUGAGUUUUCCAUUCCAAUAUAAAAUUGGAAACUGUUUUGGCUACGUCUGAAAAUAAUUUUUUCUAAGUGGUAUUUGCUCUACUUGAUACAUCUCAAAUAACUGUAAUUAUUUGUAACUUAAAUGUCUCUUUAUUUGUGAUUUGACAAAUAAGUUUAUUGUGAUCAAAAUGAUUUUUCAGUAUAAAUAUCAAAAAUUACUUGUUUGGAUCAUGUUAAUUGUUCAAAACCAAAAUACCUUAGAAUUAAAAUAUUUUUGGAGGAUUGA